UUUCCAGUUUUCUUAAAGAAAAACCUGCAUUUUAUGGUUUCAUGUCAGUGUCUUAAGUAGCCAGACAAGUGCAUAGUUUAUGCCUGGGCUCAGAGGGCAGAAUUAAUGUGCUAGCUGGAGCCCCGAUGCUCUAGGAUAUGUUAAGCUCUUAAUAGGCUAAUCAAAGAGAUGGAAGCGUGUGUUUUUGAUUUACUUUUGGCCACUUGGGACGUGCUAGACUCAUAUCCCUCCGGAGCCUUGAAUAUCGGGCACAUAGGUAACCCUCCAAAAAAUCAUCCAGUUUGCUAAAUUAUGGAAAUUUUGUGGAAGACGUUGACCUGGAUUUUGAGCCUCAUCAUGGCUUCAUCGGAAUUUCAUAGUGACCACCGGCUCUCAUACAGUUCACAAGAGGAAUUCCUGACUUACCUAGAACACUACCAGCUAACUAUUCCAAUAAGGGUUGACCAAAAUGGAGCUUUCCUCAGCUUUACUGUGAAAAAUGAUAAACACUCGAGGAGAAGACGGAGUAUGGACCCUAUCGAUCCACAGCAGGCAGCAUCUAAGUUAUUUUUUAAACUUUCAGCCUAUGGCAAGCACUUUCACCUAAACUUGACUCUCAACACGGAUUUUGUGUCCAAACAUUUUACCGUAGAAUACUGGGGGAAAGAUGGGCCUCAAUGGAAACAUGAUUUUUUAGACAACUGUCACUACACAGGAUACUUGGAAGAUCAACAUAGUACAACCAAAGUGGCUUUAAGCAACUGUAUUGGGUUGCAUGGUGUUAUUGCAACAGAAGAUGAAGAAUAUUUUAUUGAACCAUUAAAGAAUACCACAGAGGAUUCCAAACAGUUUAGUUAUGAAAAUGGCCAUCCCCAUGUAAUUUACAAAAAGUCUACCCUUCAGCAACGGCAUAUGUAUGAUCACUCCCAUUGCGGGGUUUCUGACCUCAUAGGUGGCAACCCUUGGUGGCUGAAUGACACAUCUCCUUUUCCUUCUGCACCACCAACGAAUGGCACACACAGACCGAGGAGAUCGAUAAGCAUCGAGCGCUUUGUGGAGACAUUAGUCGUGGCAGACAAAAUGAUGGUGUCCUAUCAUGGCCGCAAAGACAUUGAACAUUACAUUUUGAGUGUAAUGAAUAUUGUUGCCAAACUUUACCGUGAUUCCAGCAUAGGAAACGUUGUGAAUAUUAUAGUGGUCCGCUUAAUUGUUCUCACGGAUGAUCAGCCAAACUUGGAGAUAAACCACCAUGCAGACAAGUCCCUCAAUAGCUUCUGUAAAUGGCAGAAAUCCAUUCUCUCCCACCAAACUGAUGGAAACAUCAUUCCAGAAAAUGGGAUUGCCCACCACGAUAAUGCGGUUCUUAUGACUAGAUAUGAUAUCUGCACUUAUAAAAAUAAGCCCUGUGGAACACUGGGCUUGGCCUCUGUGGCUGGAAUGUGUGAGCCUGAAAGGAGCUGCAGCAUUAAUGAAGACAUUGGCCUGGGUUCAGCUUUUACCAUUGCACAUGAGAUUGGUCACAAUUUUGGUAUGAACCAUGAUGGACUUGGAAAUCCUUGUGGGACAAAAGGUCAUGAAACAGCAAAACUUAUGGCAGCUCACAUUACUGCAAAUACCAAUCCUUUUUCCUGGUCUUCCUGCAGUCGAGACUAUAUCACCAGCUUUCUAGAUUCAGGCCGUGGCAAUUGCCUUAAUAAUGAGCCUCCCAAGCGUGAAUUUGUUUACCCAACUGUGGCCCCAGGUCAGGUGUACGAUGCUGAUGAGCAAUGUCGUUACCAGUAUGGACCAGGAUCCCGCCAAUGUAAAUUUGGGGAAGUGUGUAGAGAGCUCUGGUGUCUCAGCCAAAGCAACCGCUGUGUCACCAACAGUAUUCCUGCAGCGGAGGGAACAUUUUGUCAGACUGCGACUAUUGAAAAGGGGUGGUGCUAUCAGGGAGAAUGUGUUGCUUUUGGCACUUCGCCCCAGAGCGUAGAAGGGGGCUGGGGUGCCUGGUCACUGUGGGGAAAGUGCAGCAGGACCUGCGGGGGAGGCGUCUCCUCAUCUCUAAGACAGUGUGACAGUCCAGCACCUUCAGGAGAUGGAAACUACUGCCUUGGGGAAAGGAAACGGUAUCGCUCCUGUAACACAGAUCCAUGUCCUUUGGGGGCCCGAGAUUUUCGAGAGAAACAGUGUGCAGACUUUGACAAUAUGCCUUUCCGUGGAAAUUAUUAUAACUGGAAACCCUUUACUGGAGGUGGAAUGAAACCUUGUGCAUUAAACUGCUUGGCUGAUGGCUACAACUUCUACACUGAACGUGCCCCCGCAGUGAUUGAUGGGACUCGGUGCAAUAUGGAUUCACUGGAUAUCUGUAUCAACGGAGAAUGCAAGCAUGUAGGUUGUGAUAAUAUUUUGGAAUCCAGUGUUAGGGAAGAUAAAUGUCGAGUCUGUGGAGGGGAUGGGAGCACAUGCGAUGCCGUUGAAGGGUUCUUCAAUGAAACGUCACCCAGAGGAGGAGGAAACUCCAUACUGUCUUCCACAGUGGCUGAACCAGUCUGCAUGCCCUCCAACAUUACAGGAGAGUUCCUAUGCUACCUGACAGUUGUGCAGAUACCAAGAGGUUCUGUUAAUAUUGAAGUCAGAGAAGUUGCCGUGUCACCUGCCUAUAUUGCUUUAAAAUCUGAAACAGAUGAAUACUAUCUUAAUUGUGGUUGGACUAUUGACUGGCCUAAGAAGUUUGAUGCUGCUGGGACAACUUUUCGCUACAAGAGACCAACUGAUGAACCAGAAUCCUUGGUAGCUCCAGGUCCCACCACGACAAAUCUCAUUGUCAUGGUUCUUUAUCAAGAUACGUAUGAGGGAAUUACGUAUAAGUUCAAUGUUCCUAUCACUCGGACUGGCAGUGGAGACAGUGAUAUUGGCUUUACCUGGAAUCAUCAGCCUUGGUCAGAGUGCUCCACUACUUGUGCUGGAGGUUUCCAAAAACAGGAGGUGGUCUGCAAAAGAGUGGAUGACAGCUCUGUUGUCCAGGACAAUUACUGUGACCCUGACACUAAGCCACCUGAAAAGCGAAGACGCUGUAAUAUUGAGCCCUGCUCACCUGAGUGGUUCAUUGGAGAUUGGUUGGAGUGUAGCAAGACUUGUGGCGGUGGAAUGCGUACAAGGGCAGUGCUCUGCGUCAGAAAGAUGGGACCUUCUGAGGAGAAGACACUGGACUCCAGCGCUUGCUUAACACACCGGCCCGUUGAAAGAGAGUCCUGCAACAACCUGCCAUGUCCGCCUCAGUGGGUGGCUUUGGACUGGUCAGAGUGCACUCCCAAGUGUGGUUCAGGAUUCAAGCAUCGGAUUGUUCUGUGCAAGAGCAGUGACCUUUCUAAAACGUUGUCAACUGCAUACUGUCCACAGGAGAGCAAACCCUCUACCCGCAUGCGCUGCAGUUUGGGCCGCUGCCCUCCUGCUCGCUGGGUGACAGGAGACUGGGGCCAGUGUUCUGCUCAGUGUGGCCUUGGACAGCAAAUGCGGAUCGUGCAAUGUCUCUCCUACACUGGACAGGCAUCGAGUGACUGUCCGGAAACUGCGCGGCCUACAUCGAUGCAGCAGUGUGAAAGCAAAUGUGACGGGACCCCUACUUCCAAUACUGAAGAGUGCAAAGAUGUGAGCAAAGUGGCUUACUGCCCGCUGGUGUACAAGUUCCAGUUCUGCAAUCGAGCAUACUUCAGACAGAUAUGUUGUAAGACCUGCCAAGGACAGUGACCCACGGAAAGCCGUAGAAAGAGCCUUGUCAUUUCAUCCUGGAAACGUGUCCAUCACAGAGAGCCACCCGGAGGAAGAGGAUUGAUGUCCUUGCAGAUGCAUUACCCUGUGGAAAACGUAACCACUGGUCAGCCCUAGCUGACAGGAUUUCAAUAUUAUUUUAACUUCUGUGAAGUAGGAUUUAUUGAUCCAAAGUGCUGGACACAGUUUUAGGAGGGAAUGCCAGAUUGGAGAGAUCCAAACAACACAGGGAGACUUGCUUACUGUGGACCGUUUGUGUUCUUUCGAGUAAAUCCAAUAGCCUGUUUACCUCCUUGGACCAUUAAGAUAAUUUUUAUUAUAGACUUAGCAAUGACACUGAAUCCAUUUGUAUUUAAAACUGUUUAAAAUGUAGCUGGUAUGGUUUGGUCAACUAUGGAAGUAAAGAAGAUUCAGAAAUCUUAAAUCAUAGCUUAAAAAAAUAUUUACUAUACUUUAUCUCACUACAACAGCACCACCAUUUAAAUUCUAAACUGGGCUUUAACCUGUAAUUUAAGGAGCAAUUAUAAAUCAAGACUAAUGAAA